AUGGCGGAGUCCAGCAGCCUACAUGCCGAUUAUCGGGCUGGCUUCGACAUAGGCGCAUCAUCCGACGAAGAGGGUUUUGAGUCUACUGCGAGUACAGCCUCAGUGGCAUCUGAGGGAAUACCAGCAGAGAAAACCCUAUCGCAGACGGAAUCGGCGACGAUGUUGAAUCAUAGCGAACCAGAUAAACCCCAACAAUCAACCGACUGUGCUAAAUCAGAGGCAACUAGUGCUGGGACUGAUCCUACAACUCUGGCAGCGAGGACGGCGAAGAGUCAUUCCGCAGAUGGUGUGAGAACCGUAGAAGCGAAUAAGCCUCUACAUUUGCUUGGUCUGCCUAUGGAUGUCUUACAAGAAAUCAUCAAGGAGGUCACGCAUACCAAUGAUUUGACGUCGCUGGCUCUGACAUGCUCAACGCUUCACUCUCUAGCCAUUCCUCAGAUGUAUUCGCGAUUCGAUAUUGUCUGGCCUGACACGUUGUCAUCUUCUGAUCAUCCAGCUGGAGUUGACGCCCUCUCCUACGGCUUGGCGACAUUAGUAAUGGGGGAAGAUAUCUUUCACGAACUACCGCCUACAUACCGGUCAGAUGGGUCUUGUCCACACUGGGGCUUCAAUAAUUCCUGCACCCGAUCAAGUACACAAAGAGGGAUAGAUCCUAUAAGGAGGGUUCGCCGAGGGAAUUAUUAUGCGCAAUAUACCCGCAAAUUCUCAGUGGGAAAUGGGCCGUUGAUUUGGGUUCAAGAGUACUCUGUGACCAAGGAGACGGGGAAAAUGCUGGGGACUUUGGUUGCCUUGGCCAUUGCUCGGAUGGUUAAUUUGGAGACAUUCGUAUGGGACAUGCCUACCGGUGUUCUCAGAGACGUGUGGAUUGCACUUGCGUCAUUAGCAGAUCGACCAGGACAUCGAUGUCGCUUGGAGCGUGUUUGGGUCAGAUGGCACGAUAACUCGGAAAGUCCAGUGCGCGCUGCCUCGGCUGCGUCUUCUCUUACGCUUCCACAAACACAGGCCGGUGCUGCUUCUCCCGCCACCAUUUCACCAUUACUCCACAGAUAUGGUCAUGUGGAGUAUCCGUCCCUAUCGAUAGUGCCUCCGCUGAAGAGUUUGAGUGUGCUCGACAUUGACGAGCCGUCGUAUAUUGAGGAAGCAGCAGUACUCAUUCACCGUUCUUGGGAUCGGAUGAAGGAGCUACGCAUUGGCAUUUCCUCAAGGGUCUACCAGGCAGAUUGGCUAAAGCCGUUAGGAGGGUCCUCUCGGGAGCCAGCUAGCACUGUAAGGACGGGUUGGCCUAAGAUCGGAGGUGUCCUGGGAGCUCUACUAGGCAAGUCUGAUGAUCAGCCAUGUCCGGAUAGGGUGACGGACGAAGCUUCUUCGAAAAAAGUGCCCGAGAGCGGGAGCAUUGGAGAUGCUUCAAGUAGUCCUACUCCUCAGCCCACUGCAUCAUCAGAACAGAGUCUAAACGCUGAGGCAGACUCCGCUACCCCUUCUACACCUGCACAACCAUCCCCGGCUCAAUCUUCGGUAAUAAAAGACCAGACUGAAUCCUCUAGUUCUGUCUCAAAACCGGCUCCCUCUUUUACACUGACCUCGGAUGCUGGAUCAAAAGACCACCUGCUGCAACUGGAAACUUUAGCGCUAGAGCGCGUGCCUUUGUCCAUCCCGGUUAUGCUGAAUAGUCUUGAUUGGACUCAGCUCACGUCUCUAACAAUCCUCCGCUGUGAAGGGCAUGAGAAGCUUUGGCGGUCACUGCGUCGCCAAUUUUCUCCAUCCUCCGCACCUCCCUCAUCUCCGAGGACAGGGAGAAAAGGUGGCAAUGGCCAAGAAGGCCUCUCAUCAGAACACUUUCUGAGACUCAAACACAUCCAUACGGAUGCUGUGUCUCCAUAUCUACUACUAUUUAUCAAGGACACCCUUGCUCCUAAUACCCUCGAAACGCUGUUUUUGCACGAGGCUCCCAUGUAUGACUCUAUCGUCCAAAUUGACGCCAUAUACCGGAAUGUCAUGCGGCAUCAUCGGAUGAGCCUUAAAAAGGUACUUAUUGAUAGUACGGAGCGGUCAGUAGGCGGUGUUGAAAUUGCCACCAGUCGCUGGCGUAAAUGGAUGUUCACGCGAGAUAUGGUUUCCUUUGUCACCAGCGGACGCAUGCCCCGGCUGCGCGAAUUAUCCAUGACUAUACACUCUAAGGACUGGCACUAUUUCUUACAGCGACUGCCCAACGUUCCGCAACUUCGAGCUAUCCAUAUUCCUCACAUCGCCCAUCCCGUGCAUCGGGAUCCGAAAGAACUAGCACUGCAAAUCCUAGACAUUAUCAUCAUCCGGCCGGAGGUGGGGCUGAGUUACGUGGGCAUGCAAAACAAGUGCUACGAAAUUCUGGAGGGCAAACGUGGUGAUAAAGUCGAGUUUGACGAUGCAGAUGACAGCCACAGCGAAGGUCUUGGACCCGGCAUCGACUGGUCAGCGUCAGAGUCGGAAGAGGAUGGAUCUGACGGUACGGGUGCAGCCAGCGCGAUGGAUUCAAACUCGGAGCUGUCCUCAGACCGAGCAUUGUCGGACAUAGACGACUCCGAUCUCGAGAACCAUAGGUCACGGGUGACAUUUCGGCUGCGGGAGAUUCUGUUUUAUGAUGACAAAAUCGCCAUUUUCAAAGCGCGGCAUGGAGUUCUAUGA